GUCCAGAGGUGCUGCUGGUGAAGGAGGAGGGUUGUGAGGAGGGUCUGGGGAACCCUGAGGGCACCAUGAUGAUGGAGGACAACCAGACUACACCUCCUCCUGAACCCACAGAGGAACCAGCUGAGCAGCACAGGACCACACACAGUCUCACUGAGUCAGUAGACAUGGAGGAUGGGAAGCCUGAUCUGCUGCUAGUCAAAGAGGAGACCUUAGAAGACGAACCAGAGAGCAUUGAUCUGCUGAGUGGACUAAAGAUGAGGGAGCAAGUUGGCUGGAGGCUAACAGAGGAGACUGGGUGGCCAUCUUGGACUCCCAGAUCCAGAUGGGUGCAGCCAAGGGCCCAGGGGACAUCAUCACCGAGCAGGCCAGGACCAAAGGCGACUUAGUGGAGGCCAGGGGAUGGGACAGUGUCCUCAACUCUGGGCUGGGGAAAAACACUGUUAACCACAACCAGAAACAGACAAUUGAAUGCAAAACAACAACCAAACUUAGUCUCCAAGACAACAGACUGGCUGAGACCAGAGCAAGGCGUCGAUUUGGUCUACGGGGAUGGGGAGGUGUUGGUAUGCGGCGGGAGAGAACAGACACAGACUCGGCUAGUGAUGCUCCAUCCUGCUCCUAUAGUUGCAAUUCAGAGAGACUGAUAGCACCUCAGGUUAACUCCCUAACAGGUGCUGCCUUCAGCCUGCCUUCUAUAGGAUCUAUCAACUGGAACAUGGACCCUGCGACAACACAGACACUCCCUGGCCUUCGUCCUCACACUCUCCUAAUGUUAAACCAGACCUCAGACAAUGCCAGUGCCUCAACACUAAAUGGCUACACAAGCCCACUGACAAAUGAGAGUAGCAGAGACGGAAUCAGCAAAGGUGGCAGGGCCAAAGAGAAGCGCUUCCCGUGUUCAUUCUGUGGGAAAGCCUUCAGUUUCCCCAAACAGGUGGAGAUCCACCAGAGGAUGCACACGGGGGAGAAACCGUUUAGCUGCCACCUGUGCCGGGCCAGUUUCUCGGACUCGUCAAACCUGAAGAGGCACCAGAGGGUCCACACAGGGGAGAAACCCUACAGCUGCCCCCAGUGUGAGAAGAGGUUCUCCCACCAGCACCAACUAAAGAUGCACCUGAAGGUCCACACGGGAGAGAGGCCGUUUGCCUGUACACACUGUGGGAAGAGGUUCUCAGAGAGGAGCUACCUCAGGAUACACCAGCAGAAAAUGCACACCGCCCAUGUAUAGUGACAUGUAAUGUAGUACUAUGUAUGUUUGUAGUCAAUUGUUGUUUUUGGAUUUAGUUGGAAACUGGAUGAGGUGAACUGAGGAAAGAAUGAGUAUGAUGAGGCAGAGUAGAUGAUACAGUGCCUUGCGUAAGUAUUCAUCCCCUUGGCAUUUUUACUAUUUUGUUGCCUUACAAUCUGGAAUUUAAAUUUAAAAAAUUGUGGGUUUGUAUCAUUUGAUUUACACAACAUGCCUACCACUUUGAAGAUGCAAAAUAUUUUUUCUUGUGAAACAAACAAGAAAUAAGACAAAACUGAACUUGAGCGUGCACAACUAUUCACCUCCCCCAAAAUCAAAACUUUGUAGAGCUACCUUUUGUAACAAUAACAGCUGCAAGUCUCUUGGGGUAUGUCUCUAUAAGCUUGGCACAUCUAGCCACUGGGAUGUUUGCCCAUUCUUCAAGGCAAAACUGCUCCAGCUCCUUCAAGUUGGAUGGGUUCUGCUGGUGUACAGCAAUCUUUAAGUCAUACCACAGAUUCUCAAUUGGAUUGAGGUCUGGGCUUUGACUAGGCCAUUCCAAGACAUUUAAAUGUUUUCCCUUAAACCACUCGUGUUGCUUUAGCAGUAUGCUUAGGGUCAUUGUCCUGCUGGAAGGUGAACCUCCGUCCCAGUCUCAAAUCUCUGGAAGACUGAAACAGGUUUCCUUCAAAAAUGUCCCUGAAUGUAGCGCCAUCCAUCAUCUCUUCAAUUCUGACCCGUUUCCCAGUCCCUACCAAUGAAAAACCUCCCCACAGCAUGAUGCUGCCACCACCAUGCAUCACUGUGGAGAUGGUGUUCUCCAGGUGAUGAGAGGUGUUGGGUUUACGCCAGACAUAGCGUUUUCCUUGAUGGCCAAAAAGCUAUAUUUGUCUCAUCUGACCAGAUGUUUGGGGAGUCUCCCACAUGCCUUUUGGCGAACACCAAACGUGUUUGCUUAUUUCUUUCUUUAAGCAAUAGCUUUUUUCUGGCCACACUUCG